AUGAGCCCCGGGACCCCGCCCCCGGCCGGGCGGCUGCCGGCCAGGGCACCGGGCCGGGGCACCGGGCAGUCCCCACUCGGCCUGCUCUUCCGCGGGAGUACCGGCGACAAGCGGCUCCAGAGCUCCGAGGAGCGCCAGGGCCGCCCGGCCCGGCCCGGCCGGGACGCCGCUCCUCCCGCGCCGGGCUGCAGUCGGUCGGCGCCGGGCCGCCCCUUCCCCCCGGCCGCAGGUGCCUUCCGGCUCCGCCACCGCCUACCUGCGAGAGCCGCCCGGCGGGCGGACACCACCGCCACCGCCGCCACCAGCAGCGCGGCGGGCGCGCCGGCCAUGCCGGAGCCGCGGCUCGGCGGGGCACCCCCAGCACGGCCCGGCCCGGCCCUGCGGCGCGGCGGAGUGUCGGUGUCGCUGCCCCGGCACAGCGCUCCCCGCCCGCUCUCCAGGAACGGCCUCCUCUCUCUGCUUCCCUCCGUCCCUCUUUCUCUCCUUCCCGCCCUCCUCACAGCGCAGCCCCUGCGCCGGCCCGCCCCCAGCUCCGGGAACACCGGCCUAGGACGGAGCACGGGGUAUCUCCUGCCCGCAGCUCCGAUUACCCCCACCACAGACGGGCUUGGCGCUCCUCAAGCCUGUGGUUGA